AUGAAGCUUCUCUCAGACACCCAGAUCAAAAGGCACCUCCUUAGCAUUACAAAAGACCAGCUUGAGCAAACGUACCUCCCAAGGUUUGAACAAGCGCUCCAGGACUAUGAAGCAAACCCAAAUGUCGUUCCUGAGAGAACUGUACUCACACUGAACUACCCUGGCUGCGAUACUACCCAUUUGUUCAUGCCCUGUGCUGCCCCACAUAGUGUGGGCACAAAAGUGAUCAGCGGGGGCAGCUACAACUCACAGAAUGGCUUGGGCUUUCAGGGAUUCACCGCUGUUUUGGACCCUCGAAGCGGCCAAUUGCUCGGGGCUGUGAAUGCAAAGACACUAACUGCGUUUAGAACAGCAUUAGCGAGCUUUUCUGCUAUUUGGAAGCUCCUCAAGGAUUCAGACACUGCAAUUGAGCAGGUUACAGUGAUUGGCACAGGCCCGCAGGCGUUCUGGCACGUUUUUCUUGUUUUGCGGGCGUUCAAGGUGAAAAAGGUGGUGGUUUUGAGUCGGUCAGAGGAGAGCGCCCAAAAGCUCUGCAAGGAAAUAGGUGAGGUUGAUUCUGUCGAGACAGAAGGUUUUGCUAACUCCAGUUGUGUUGCGGGAGAGAAGAUCAGAAAGUCAGCCAUCGUGUUCGGGUGCUCCCCUUCUACAGAGCCGACUAUAAAAAAAGAAUUCGUCAAUAUAGAUCCUGCUUUUUUCCAAGUGUUUGCUUUAAUUGGCUCGUAUAAGCCCCAUAUGGUGGAGCUUGAUCCUCAGUUUGUGAAGGACAAUUUCUUUGGAGAAUACAAGGUGAUAGUGGACUCUAAAGAACAUACUUUGGCAGAGGCAGGAGAGCUCGUACAAAGCGAACGCACAGAGAAGAAUCUCGUUUCGUUGACUGACCUUUUGGGUGACAAGGCCCAAGGCAGAGUCAAAUUGCCAUCUGGGGUGUCGGUGGUAAAAAUUGUGGGUCUUCUGAUAAUGGAUAUCUACAUGGCGCAGUUAAUGUUGGAAAGCGUCGAGGCUCCCCAGGUGGAUUUCGAUUAA